AUGGCGCCCAAGCUUGAGCUAUGCUGUACCAUGAGAGGAUAUAUGUCGAAUGAGAACAGUGUUACUCUCAGUGAAAUAAAGAACGGUCCUUCGCGAAUCGUUGUUCCCAUAACCCACGGCUUUGUGAAAGGUCCUGAAGUACAGGCCGACGUUUUGCCUGGCAGUGGAGAUUGGAUCCUGCUUGACCCCUCGACAAACGUUUGCCACCUCAACGUCAGAAUUCAAGCUCGCACUCCCGAUGGACACGGCUUGUAUGUUCACUACAAUGGCAUUCUAAAGAUAAAUGAAGCGGGUAGCAAGGUUCUGUCAUGGGCGCCUGACGCCAAGUCUACCAACUAUGGAGACCAGGAGUGGUUCUCGGGUCCAAUUGUUGAGACGAGUGAUCCGAAGCUCAAAUGGAUGGAGACUUCUUUGUUUGUUGGACAGGGUCGUUUUGUCGUCGAAGGAAAAGAGGAAGCUGUGGAGUAUGAGAUUUAUAAGGUUACCAACUGA